AUGAGUGACUAUGAGUUGUAUCUUGGACAUUUUGGCUACUGUGUCAAUAGCCUCCCCAUCCUGUUCAUCCUCUGUCUUCACAGGGUACCUGUGGGUGGAAUGCAGCUCCUCCAGGUCUGGAGCCCUACCUUCCGUCCUCGGCCCUCCACGCUGGUGGCGGGCUCAGCCACCAGGCCUGGAUGGAGUGUGCAGAGGCUCGGGGACACGGCUCUGGUGGCUGUGCGGUGGUGGGGUCUGGCGGCAGCUCCUGCGUCUUUACACUUGCCUCUGGGCGUUGCCUCUGCCGUUGCCCCCGUGGAGCAGCCCCCAGAGCCGGCCCGCUCUGGGCUCCGUGGAGUCAUGAGGGCUGCUCUCUGGAUCCUGGGGCUGGGGUGCUUUGUUCUGGCCCUCAGGGCAGCCCCCGUUGGUGGCCCUGGCGACCUGAGGCUGGCGCACAGGCAGAGCGCAUGUGAUGGAGUGGUGCUGGUCCAGCGCCACGGGCGGUGGGGGCACGUGUGCAACCAGGAGUGGACGCUGGCCGAGGCCUCCGUGGUCUGCAGGCAGCUGGGCUGCGGGCCGGCCGUGGGCGCCCCUAAGUACGUCCCCCUGCCUGGAGAGUGGAGCCAGCCGUGGCUGCACAAUGUGACCUGCCGGGGCAGCGAGCCCUCCCUCUGGCAGUGCAGCCUUGGGGCGUGGAGCCAGAGCGCGUGCCCCCACGAGUGGGUGGUGGUUGCUCUCUGUGCAAAAGGCAGUUUCCGGGAGGUCCGGCUGAUGAAGGGUCACAGUCCUUGUGUGGGUCUUCCUGAGAUCAGGAACGUGAACGGGGUGGACCGCCUCUGUGGCUUGCACAUGGAGGAGGCCACGGUGCUCUGCCGGGAGCUGGAGUGUGGCCACGCGCUCCAAGCCCCCCGCCGAGACGUGGGCGUGGUGGAGAAGUACAUGACCUGCAAGGGCACGGAGCCCACCAUCCGCACCUGCAGACUCAACAACAACCUGUGCGGUGGCUGCGACCUGCGGCUGGAUGCAGAGGUGGUCUGCUCAGGACACGUGGAAGCCCGCCUGGCGGACGGCGACCACCCCUGUGCAGGGCGCCUGGAGGUCCUGCGCGGCCUGACCUGGGGAACGGUCUGCGAUGCUGACCUGGACCUGCCCACAGCCCACGUGGUGUGCCGGGAGCUGGGCUGCGGGGUGGCGGUGUCCACACCUGGGGGCGCCCACUCUGCCCAAGGCCCGGGGCGCAGGUGGACGGAGGCGUUCCGGUGUGUGGGCAACGAGUCGCUGCUGUUCCACUGCCCAAGGGAGCCGGGGCGCCGGUGCGCACACGGCCAGGAUGCCACGCUCACAUGCUCCGGUGAGUCCCCACAGUUCCGGCUGGUCAACGGCAGCCAGGCCUGCGAGGGCCGCGUGGAGCUGCAGGUGCGGGGCGCCUGGUGCCCUUCGCGGGGCUGGGGCCGGCACGACUGCAGCCACAAGGAGGACGCGGGCGUCUUCUGCUCAGAGUCCGUGGCACUGAGGCUUCGAGGCAGUAGCAGAGGCUGUGCUGGGUGGCUGGACGUGCUGUACAAUGGGUCCUGGGGUGCUGUGUGCAGCAAUGCCCUCAGGGAUGUCUCCGUGACUGUCAUCUGCAGGCAGCUGGGGUGCGGGGACCGGGGCUGGCUGGAAAGCAGGCCCCCCCCUCCGGCAGGUUUAGGCAUCUCCUGGGUCGACAGAAUUGAGUGCCGCAGGCCACACAGCUCCACUCUGUGGCAGUGUCCCUCCUCGCCCUGGCACCCUCAGUCCUGUGCCCCGGGAGAGGAGGUCUGGAUCUCCUGCUCAGGACAGUCACAGGCAGUACCACAGGCCUCUGGGGAGACACUCAACUGCUCAUCCCCACUCAGCUGCCACGAGGAGGGUGCUCUGCGGGCGAUCGGGGGCCCCGACGGCUGCUCCGGGCGCGUGGAACUCUGGCACGCGGGCUCCUGGGGCACCGUGUGCGACGACUCCUGGGACCUGGCGGAUGCGGAGGUCGCGUGCCGCCAGCUGGGCUGCGGCCAGGCCGUGGAGGCCGCGCCGGGGGCCGCCUUCAGCCCGGGCGUGGGGCCCGUGUGGCUGGAUGAGGUGGGCUGCCGGGGCAGCGAAGUGUCCCUGUGGCGCUGCCCCGCGGAGCCGUGGGGGCGCGGAGACUGCACCCACAAGGAGGAUGCGGGCGUGCGGUGCUCAGGUUCUGGAAUGUCUGGGCACUUGCCAUCAGAAGGUAUCUACGAGCACAUUAAAGCCAUUUCUGUGGAGAAGAAGCAAGAGGAGCCCACAGUGUCCAGAGACCUGGUGCAGGAGCAGGAUUAUGACGAUGUGGGAGACCCAGAGGAAGACUCUGGAGAGGAGGAGGAGGAGGAGGAAGAGGAGGAGGAGGAUGGGGCCUUCCUGAGCCCGGCGGCUGACUUGCACCUCCUAGGCAGUGCACUCGGCUCCUCUAAGUGCACACCCUCCAAGGAGCCUGUGUCCAUCCUGGCUGGUCACUCGGCUUGCGUGCUUUUGGGCAUUGUGAUCAGAUUGCAAAGUCUGCCUGUUCGUGACAUACUGAUCCUGGAAGGACACCCCAUCUUCGUCCCGCCAGACAUGGUGCUCUCCCCUCUGGGGCUGGGGACUGUUCUUCUGGCCUGCUGGGCCUCUCCCCCUGGUCCGGCUGGAGCGGAGUCUGUGACUCUCCUGGAUGGCACAAACCACUGUGAGGGUCGUCUGCACCUUCAGCAUCACGGCCAGCAGGGCUUUGUGUGUGGGGACCACUGGGGCCUGCGGGAGGCCACGGUGACCUGCAGACAGCUUGACUGUGGCCAUGUAUUAGCUGCUCCUCAGUUUGUUUUACGGCCUGAAGAGAUGAGUGGGCUGUGGCUGUUUGGAACCCAGUGCCAGGGGGAGGAGGCCACCCUUGGGGAGUGCUCGCUGGGGAGCUGGGGCCUGAUCGCCGACUGCAAGUGCCAAUGUGUGGUGUCAAUCGUCUGCUCAGGGAGUACCUUGGGAAAAAUUAGACUGCACGGCGGUGGAAGCCCUUGUGCAGGGACCCCAGAGUCAAUCAACCUUGCCGGCUUCGCCCUGCGGUGUGACUUGCAGCAGCAGGAGGCAAGUGUGUUUUGCAGACAGCUGGAGUGCGGCGCUGCUCUGCAGUGGUCGAGAACCUACCCUGGAGGGGACCCUGAGAGUCAGGAGCAGAAGAUUGUGUCCUGUCAGGGGACAGAGGCCAACAUUUUCCAGUGCAAGAUCAACGUGAACUUCCUAGAGCAGUGUUACCGUCCAACCUACACCCAAGUGGUGUGCACAGGACACGUGGAAGCCCGCCUGGCGGGCGGCGACCACCCCUGUGCAGGGCGCCUGGAGGUCCUGCGCGGCCUGACCUGGGGCACGGUCUGCGAUGCUGACCUGGACCUGCCCACAGCCCACGUGGUGUGCCGGGAGCUGGGCUGUGGGGUGGCGGUGUCCACACCUGGGGGCGCCCACUUCGGCCAGGGGUCAGGGCCUGUGUGGACGGAGGCGUUCCGCUGUGUGGGCAACGAGUCGCUGCUGUUCUACUGCCCAAGGGAGCCGGGGCACCGGUGCGCACACGGCCAGGAUGCCGCACUUGUCUGCUCAGGGGAAAUGUCCCUGUGGCGCUGCCCCGCGGAGCCGUGGGGGCGCGGAGACUGCACCCACAAGGAGGACGCGGGCGUGCGGUGCUCAGCCCCUUCCCGGGCUCUUGCGCCUGUUGCUGGGGUCUGGACCCUGCCUGAGAUUGCCUGCCUGAUACUUGGCUGCCUCCUGGGCCUGGUCUUCCUGAUUCUUGGUGCUCAGUGGUGCCAAAGAAGAGCUGUCUGUAUGGGUUCUGGCAUGUCUGCUCACCUGCCCCCCGAGGGUGUCUAUGAGGACAUUGAAGCUGCUCCUGUGGAGGAGAAAGAAGAAGAGUCCUCAGUGUCCAGAUGCCUGGAACAGGAGGAUUACGAUGAUGCAGGAGACCCAGAGGAAGGCCUUGGGGAGCGGCAGGAGGAGGAGGAGGCAGGGCUGAGCCUGGCAGGUGGGGCUUCUUACAACCUGAGUCCUGAUGCUGAGACAGAAGACAGUGGCCAUCCUUGGGCCAGCCUGCGAUGACCUUGAAGUGACAGAGGGGAUAUGGGCCUACCUAGAGCUUGUUGUCAAGCCAGGAGAUUGGCGGGCUCCUUGUCC